AGCAGAUGAGUCAGAUUCGUCUUCCUCUCCGACGGAGAUGGCCGCCGGCGGCUACCCAGAGCGCACGCCGACGACGUUCUGCUGUGGUGUAAGCAUGAGCCGAUUUCGUACUUUCGAUGCAGUAACCAGAAAUUUUGCAGACACCAUAGCUCCACUUCAGUCAAUUAGAGAUGGCCAGACUGUAGUUUCAGCUGGAGGGACCUUUGAAUUUGGAUUUACUAAUUAUGGUGGUUCAAGGACUAGAUAUUUGGGAAUAUGGUACAAGAAGAUAUCAAUAAGGACAGUGGUAUGGGUUGCCAACAGGGAGAUUCCGCUCAAUGAUUCAUCAGGAGUCCUGCAGCUAACAGGCCAGGGAAUCCUGGUUGUCCGUGAUGGGACAAACAGCACCAUUUGGACCUCCAAGAUGUCAAGAGAUGUGCAGAAUCCAGUUGCACAACUUUUGGACACGGGAAACCUUGUUGUCAAAGCUGUAGGGGUUGAUGGCAAAGACCGCAUUUUGUGGCAGAGUUUUGACUACAUUGAGGACACAUUUUUGCCAGGCAUGAAGUUUGGAAGGAACCUGGUGACUGGCCUUGAUAAAUACCUAACGUCAUCAAAGAGUUCUGAUGAUCCUUCUCCUGGUGAGUAUACAAGCAGGCUUGAUCCUGGUGGAUAUCCACAGAUAUUUCUUAGAAGAGGUGAUGUUAAACAGCUCAGGUCUGGACCCUGGAAUGGUCUCCGGUUCAGUGGAAUGGCAAAUUUGAAGGAAAAUCCAAUUUAUAAAUUUGAAUUUGUUUACAAUGAGGAGGAAAUCGUUUAUAUGUAUCAGCUUAUAGACAGUUCAGUUGUUACAAGGGUGACACUGAACCGAGAUGGUGUCCUCGAGCGCUGGACAUGGUCCGAUCGAGCUCAGGUUUGGAGCCUUUACUUAACUGCACAAAUGGAUAACUGUGACCGGUAUGCCCUCUGUGGUGCAUAUGGCAGUUGCAACAUUAACAACUCUCCUCCAUGCGGAUGCUUGAGGGGGUUUAUGCCUAAAUAUAAACAUGAUUGGGAAACAGGUGAUUGGACAGGUGGUUGUGUCAGGAAAACAAAAGUAGAAUGUGGGAAAGGAGAGGGAUUUCAGAGGAUAAGAAGCAUUAAACUGCCAGACACAACUUACGCAAAUUUGGAUAUCCGAGAUAGAGGAAGUGGAUGCUUGCUUUGGUUCAGUGAGCUGAUUGAUAUCAGAGAGUAUGCAGAAGAUGGACAAGAUAUUUACGUAAGGCUUGCUGCCUCUGAUUUAGACAACAGCAGCUCAGAGAGAAGGAAAUGGGUGAGGCUCAUAGUCAUCCCUGUUUUAGUCUUGGGAUUGGUUUUCUUGGCCAUAGGCUUCAUUGUUCACAUGAGGAAGAGGAAGAAGCUUCGAGGAGUAGGGACAACAUUACUGAUUCAGGAAAGAGAUUACAUCAAAAAGGACGGGGAUCAAGAAUUAGAACUUCCUCUAUUUGAUUUGGCUGCGAUAGCUGAGGCCACCAACAACUUCUCAGAUGCCAAUAAGCUUGGAGAGGGUGGCUAUGGCCCUGUUUACAAGGGCAUAUUAAAGGAUGGGCAACAAAUAGCAGUAAAGAGGCCUUCAAAGAAUUCUACACAAGGUCUUGAUGAAUUCAAGAACGAAGUCUUAUGCAUUGCCAAAUUGCAACACAGAAAUCUUGUAAAACUUCUAGGAUGCUGCAUUCAAGUCCAAGAAAAGAUGCUGAUUUAUGAAUUCAUGCCUAACAAGAGUUUAGACUCCUUCAUUUUUGAUCAAAAGCAAAGAACGUUAUUGGAUUGGCCAAGGCGCCUCAACAUUAUCAAUGGCGUUGCACGAGGACUCCUUUAUCUACACCAAGAUUCCAGACUGAGAAUUAUUCAUAGAGACCUAAAGGUCAGCAAUAUUUUGCUGGACCAAGAAAUGAACCCUAAGAUUUCAGACUUUGGUAUGGCUAGAAGCUUUGGUGGAAAUGAAAUAGGAGCAAGCACAAAAAGAGUGGUUGGAACAUAUGGCUAUAUGUCUCCAGAGUAUGCAAUUGAUGGGCUCUUCUCGGUGAAGUCAGAUGUAUUUAGCUUUGGGGUAUUGGUGUUGGAGAUAGUGAGUGGAAAGAGAAAUAGAGGAUUCUGUCAUUCAGACCACAAGCACAACCUUCUAGGGCAUGCCUGGAUGUUAUACAAAGAAGGGAGGCCUUUAGACCUGAUUGACGACUGUAUAUCACAGUCUUAUGUCAUGUCAGAAGUGUUGAGAUCAAUUCAUGUUGGUCUUUUAUGUGUACAGCAAAGUCCAGAAGACAGACCAACCAUGGCAGCUGUGGUUCUCAUGCUGAGUACUGAGAUUGCUUUGCCUCAGCCUAAAGAGCCUGGUUUUUUCACUGAAAGGGAUUUGUUUGCUACAGACUCAUCAUCUACCAAGGCUGAAUCAUGUUCAGUGAAUAACAUGAGCAUCACACAGUUAACGGCUCGGUAGUAGAUACAUUCUUUUUUUCCCCUUUCAGAUCAGUGAAAAUUUUAUCGUCCAUUUCCUUUAUGUCAGACUCCGAUAGCAAAUAAGUGUUGGAAACAUAGAAGAAAUUAGUCGAAUUCAUAGUGUUACGACUUAAGACUGUAAACGCUGUCCAAUUAUAUGAAAUUUUCUGCUUCAGAAAGAUUUCUUUUCUCUGUAAUUCUCUUCCACUAAACUAUUGAAAACUGGUUAAUAUAAACAUAUUGAAAAAGA